AUGUCAGAAAACCUAAACCAUAAUGUACCUGUAAUCUGGGCUCUUCUAAAACCUGUCAUGAAACUCCUUCCGUCCUCGGUAGAAAACGUUUAUUUCUUAAGCGAUGGUCCUGUUACUCAGUACCGUAACAAAGAUAUGUUUUUUUACUUACUUUGUAAAUUGACUGAAACUUAUCCGAAUAUUUAUGAUUUUACCUGGAACUAUCAUGAAGCCGGUCAUGGUAAAGGAGCUCCAGAUGGUAUCGGAGUAUACACCGAUUCUGAGAAAGAUGUGCAAAACAAAAUAGUUGCACAAACAUCUACUCAUGUGAUUAAUACUAUAGACAAUGCAGACACCGCUAUGACUGUCAAGAACCGAGAUUUUGUACUUGUGGAAUAUAAUAUUAAUAAUAAAAAAUAUAGAUAUGCUGGCGUAUGUUCGUCAGAUUUUGAUGAAGAAGAAGGAGAGAUCAGGGUUACUUUUUUAAAGAUCUCCAAUAAAGAUGCUACGCUUUUUAGAAUAAAUGACAAUGACAUGUCUGAUGUUAAAUGGGAACAGAUCUUGACCAUAUUACCAGUGCCAAAAUAUACGUAUGAAGGG